UGCAGUAAACGGCUGCAGAAAGUAUAGAGGAGCCAGAGGGACGGGGAGGCAGAACUUGGAAGCUAAAGCCACGACUUGGAUCUGACUUUUAACUGUGGUUGAGCUGAGUCACUCUAGCCGGCAGAGCCAUGGAGCCGGGCUUCACUUUUCCAUUACUCUGUGGAUUUCUCUCCUGUUAUUGGUCACUUUGAGUGACUAACAGCUGCUUGCAGUUUUAGGUUUGGAAAUUUAGUUCUCUGGUAAGACAUGAAGGAGGUGUUGUAGCAGUGAAAGGAUACAUCUUUUUCUUUUCAACAAACUGGAGCGGAAACAGGUCGGAUUUUUAGAAGUGGUGAUAUAACUUUAUUGACUUUGUCGUAUUUAAUCAUAGUAAGUGGAAGUUGCAUGAUCCUGGAACCACUUGCGCAAAUUAGUGCAUGCCACACAGAUGCCUAAACACUAAUUACACCUUCUUAUCCUGCAUUUUUCUGAUGUAAGAUAGCAGAAUGCUGCACUUAAGUCUCAAAUAUGAGCUGUGUAAAUGGUAACCACAAUGUUGACGUUGUGGGAAAAGCUUUUCAAGAACUUUCUGCGCCCUCCAUUCUGGAUAACUUCACCACUUUCUUAAUUUAACUUAAUCUUUCUCCUGGAAAAUGGAGGAGCAAAAAGCCAUCCUAAAAUGCUUCAGGACCCUUUCAGAGGAGGAAAAUGAGGACAUAAUGCAAGGAGAGACUGAGCUGAGCUUCAAUCUAAAGAAAAAUGGGCAUAUACGUUUUGAAGAUGCUCUGGAGAACAGUAGAGACUCUUUAUCAUAUGUUAUAUGGCCUCAUGACGGAGUAAAGAUCACCUCUAACUCAGUGGGACAUCUAACUAAGACAGAAGCAGGCAGUGACUCUGACAUGACAGAGCAGGAGAGGAAUGAUGUCAACCUAACAGAGCAGCGAGUCUUUGCUGUAAAUGGCUCAGAGAAACAGACCUUUGCAGCAAAUCAAGAGCAGAAUAAAAUGCCAGACGAACACUGUGAUCAAGUUAAUGGCUGCAGCAAUGAGGGUUGUCAUGUAUCACUGGAUGAAUGUGCCUUGAAGCAAUCUCUGCAAGCAAAAUGUCAACACAUUUCAACCGACUGCACAAAUACAAAUUGUGAAUGUGUUGCACCAAUCAGCAUUAAGCAGGAUGACACUAAAGAGGCUGAACAGAGAAUAAGGGAAGAGUAUGAAAAUGUUCACUGCCAAGAAGAUUUUGUCACUUCCAGUUCGGAUGUGGGAUGUGAAUCUGCGAAAUCUGAAACCAAACAUGUUGUGAUAACUGUGACUCGGACAGGACCUGCAGUCGAGGAACAGGCCGAACCAUUAGUAACACCAACAUUGGAGCAAACUGGGGGCCCUUCCUGCUUCAAAAAUGAUGAGGAGGAGGAGAGAACAGGUGCAGAGGAGGACAAUGAAGAAGAAGAGAAAAGAGAUGUAUUUCCAGACUCUUCUGCCCAACCCCACCUACCUCCCAGCCCAACAUCACCAAAUAUUUUCAUAACACCUGCAGCCACUAACCCUCCACCUGGAUCCACCUUAACCAGAGCUACCUUCUCUCCGGGCUCCCCAACGGACAAGCAGGUCCAGCUCCCCGCCCUCUUCAGCGGACUGAGGGUCCUGAGGAAGGGGGUGGUCGGGCCAGAGCACGACACUGUGGCCCAGAUCAAACCUUCAUCUCAGGGAGCAAAGAGGGACAUUUUCCCUGAGAAACAAGGGGAUGCUAAAGUUCAGGGUAGUUUUCUGGACCAGAUCUCCCAGUUCCUGAGCCGGGAGAAGAGAGAGAGAGAUGAAAAGGAGGCGAAGAAGGAAAUGGAGCCUGAGGGAGACCAGGACGACACCAUAGAGAGCAAUGUUGAAGAAAGUGAAGAGGGCGAGAGGAAAGGGCUUGAAACAGAGGAGGAAGCAGAGGUUUCAUGUGAGUCUACAAAACCUUCUGUGUCUGGUGCAGAGGCAGCAUUUGAUGCCUUCAAAGCUUUUUUCACCCCAAAGCCACUGAAGAAGGACCCAUCAGAAAAGGUGGACCUCGAGGCAGUGAGGAAGAAGAUAAGAGCAGAUAAAGAUGUUCUGAGAGCACUUUUUGAGAGAACUUCCAAUAAGACUCCAGAGAAGAAAGACUCACCUGAUUGCAAAUCAGAAGCAUCCACCCCGGGAGAGGGAGAAGAAAGGACUCCUGGUCGUCUACAAGCUGUCUGGCCGCCACUUAAGGAGGAAAAAGUUGGGCUGAAGUAUACAGAAGCAGAGCACCAGGCUGCUCUCUUGCAGCUGAAGAGAGAAUGCAAAGAGGAGCUGGAGAAGUUACAGGAGGACUAUGGUCAGGAACUCUCCAGACUGAGGGUGGAAAACGAGGACAAUGUCGCCCGUCUGGAGUUCGCUCUGACUGAGCUGCAGGCCAAACUAUCCCAGGUUGGAACUCGCCCUCGCGGUGAACUCAAAGAUGUCGCUGUUUCAACGGGAGACGACUUUUUACACAAAUCCUUCCGCACAGUCUGCAUCCAGACAGACCGAGAGACAUUUGUUAAGACUCCUGAGAAUGGAGAAGGUACGGGGAGGUCCUGCACGAGCCCUCUGCAGCAGAGGGUGACCCCCAAAAAGCUGGACCUGGCUUCUAUCAGCCUCAGCCUGGCUGGUCAGAGAGACGAUACUUUGUCUUCCUCCUCAUCUCUUGACCCUCUUCCUCCUCCUGGAGCCACGCCACCUCUAUCAGAACAACCACCUGCUCCUUCUCAGACAACAGUACCAACCGAAACACACAAUCUGCCUCCUCCCCCCCCUCCGCCAUGUUUGUCUUCACCCCUAAACCACAUGCAGCCAUCAAAUGGCCCUCCACCUCCACCUCCUCCUCCUCCUCCGUUCACACCAGGCUUAGCUCCCCCACCACCUCCUCCUCCAGGUGGCAGUCUCAUGGCUGAUAAACCUCCCAGGAAACCGGCAGUGGAGCCAUCCCGACCCAUGAAGCCUCUUUACUGGACCAGAAUCCAGAUCCAGGACAACAAUAACGACACACACUGUGGAAAUCUUAGAGGAACGCAAAUUUAAUCAAUUACCAGCGAGUUUGAAGAGCUCUCUUCGCCAAAACCACCAACCGCAGACAAAAGGAAGCCGUCAGAGGCUUAUGGAAGAGAAAGCCAAGCCAAGAAGAUCAUUAAGCUGUUGGAUGGGAAGCGAUCUCAGGCCGUUGGCAUCCUCAUAUCGAGCCUCCACCUGGAGAUGAAAGAUAUACAACAAGCUGUACUGUCAGUGGACCACUGUGUGGUGGACUUGGAGACCAUUGAAGCACUGUAUGAUAAUAGAGCACAACCAGAGGAACUGGAGACAAUCAAGAAACACUACGAGACGUCGGAGGAAGAGGAAGUCAAACUGCUGGACAAACCCGAACAGUUCCUGUAUGAGCUGUCUCAGAUCCCAGACUUUGCCGGCAGAGCUCACUGUAUUAUCUUCCAGUCGGCUUUCAUUGAAGGGAUCGGGUCCAUCCAACGGAAGCUCAACACUGUCAAUUCUGUCUGCGAGGCUCUGCUGGAGAGCGAUAGUGUGAGGGGAGUGGUGGGACUGGUGCUGGCUCUGGGGAACCACAUGAAUGGAGGCAGCAGGGUCAGAGGUCAGGCCGACGGCUUUGGCCUGGAGAUUCUACCUAAACUGAAGGAUGUGAAGAGCAGGGACAAUCGUAUCAGCCUGGUGGACUAUGUGGUGUCAUACUACUUGCACUAUGUGGAUAAGAACGCUGGCACAGACAAGAGUAUUUUCCCACUUCCUGAACCUCAGGACGUCUUCCUGGCAGCACAAGUCAAGUUUGAUGACCUCAACAGGGACCUGAGACAGCUCGGACGAGAUCUGACAAGAUGUGAGAAAGAUGUACAGAAGGUUUGCUCUGAUUCUCCUGAAGAACACCUGCAGCCAUUUAAAGACAAAAUGGAGGCUUUUGUUCUCAGUGCACGAAAAGAACACGCAGACGCUUCCUAUCAGUUGAUGACUGUACAAAAAAGUUUUCAGGACUUGGCUCUGUACUUUGGACUGAAGCCCAAGACAGGAGAGAAGGAGGUGACCACCGGUCAUUUCUUCAUGCUCUGGUUUGAGUUUUGUGCCGACUUCAAGGCCAGGUGGAAGAGGGAGAACAAGAACCUCUCCAAAGAGAGGUUAAAAGAGGCUCAGCUAUCAGUGAAGAGGAUCACAGGAGAGAAGAAGGUGGAGACCAGAAAGAUAAACCCUAACAGUCUGAAAGAGCGACUCCGCCAGAAAGAAGCCAACAUGUCUUCAUCAUAAAAGACUCAGGAGGUAUAAAAUGCCGCAGUCACAAAACCAUCCUCACCAAGCCGGAUCAGACUGGAUGUCUAUAACACAAGAUGAACCUUUUCACAUUUUUUUUUACAGAGUUGUCUGUUAUUCUUACAGCAGCUUAUAGCUUUAUGUAUUAUAAUGUGCUACGUAAAAAUGUAUUUAAAUUUAAAAGAUUGAAAGAAUCUUUUGUGCAUGUAGGAAAUCAGUUUUAGCUGUGUAUAGAUUCUCAUACUGCACUUACAUUUUGCUUUGAUUCUGACAUGUAAAGACUAAUCUUUUCAAUAUUGUUCAACAAAUAAAAUCACUGAUCAGAAAAAUA